UUACGCCACACCCACAGCACGCCACCGGGCCCCAGCAGCACUAGUCUGCCUGCCUUCACUUCUCUCUCUUCUCUCUUCAGUCCUUGUUCGUUCCUCCCUCUCUGUUUAUCUGUCUGUCCGUUAGGAUGGCGGAGCUGGAGGGUCUGGAGUUUGGGAAGUCAGAUUUUGUCCUUCUGGAUGAGGUGAACAUGGAGCAGUUUAUGGAGAAUCUGAAGUUAAGGUUUGAGAAAGCCCGUAUCUACACCUUCAUAGGUGAGGUGGUGGUGUCAGUCAAUCCCUACAAACAGAUGGACAUCUACGGGAAAGAGGCCAUCGACGCGUACCGCGGCCGGGAGCUGUACGAGAACCCACCCCACCUGUACGCUGUGGCCGACGCUGCGUACAAGGCCAUGAAGAGACGGGCCAAAGACACCUGCAUCGUCAUAUCAGGUGAGAGUGGAGCGGGAAAGACAGAGGCUAGCAAGUACAUCAUGCAGUACAUCGCAGCUAUUACCAACCCCAGCCAGAGAGCAGAGGUUGAGAGUGUGAAGAACGUUCUGCUGAAGUCCAACUGUGUGCUGGAGGCCUUCGGCAACGCCAAGACCAACCGCAACGACAACUCCAGCCGCUUCGGCAAGUACAUGGACAUCAACUUCAACUUCAACGGCGACCCCACCGGCGGACAUAUUAACAACUACCUGCUGGAGAAGUCAAGGGUUGUUCAGCAGCAGAGAGGAGAGAGGAACUUCCACUCCUUCUAUCAGUUACUGCGUGGAGGCUCAGAGGAAAUGCUGGGGUCACUUCACCUCCAGAAUGACCCUGUCAACUAUGUGUAUACCAGAGAAGGAGCUGCCUCCACUACAUCCAACAAUGACCGGUCCAGUCACAGGGCUGUGCUGAGUGCCCUGCAGGUGAUUGGCUUCUCAGAGGAGGAGAUCGACUCCAUCUACAGGAUCCUGGGGACCAUCCUCAUCCUGGGCAACCUGCAGUUCGAGACAGACAGUGAGAGUGUCCAGGUGGUGGGUUCGGAGGCUGUGAGUCACAUCGCUGGGCUGACCACCACAGAGCCAGACAACGUGACUAAGAGCCUGCUGUACCGCACUGUGGCCACCGGGGGCGGAGAGGUCAUAGAGAAGGGACACACUGAAAAGGAGGCCUGCUUCGGCCGGGACGCUUUCGCCAAGGUACUGGGCUGGUCACUAUUAGCACAGCAAGAUUUGUUGAUUGACUACUUUAACAACCAGAUCAUCGUGGACCUGGUGGAACAGCCCCAUAAGGGCAUCAUCUCGGUGUUGGACGAGGCCUGUCUCACUGUGGGUAAGGUGACAGACACCAUCUGCCUGGAGAGCAUGGAUGCUAAGCUGGGACAACACCCUCACUACACCUCCCGCAAGCUCACCCCAUCAGACAAGACCAUGGAGUUCCACAGAGACUUCCGUAUCCGCCACUAUGCUGGGGACGUCACGUACUACUUCUCCUGUCAUUACACCUGUGUUCGCUUUUAUAACCUCUUUCUCACUUCUCUCUCUCUCUCUCUCUCUCUCUCGUUCUGUAGUUCCAACCCUGUGCUGAAGGAGAUGUGGCCCGAUGGUCAGCUGAGCAUCACAGAGGUCACUAAACGACCCCUGACUGCAGCCACCCUCUUCAAGAAUUCCAUUGUGGCCCUUGUGGAUAAACUGGGCUGCAAGGAGCCAUACUAUGUGCGCUGCAUCAAGCCCAAUGAGAUGAAGUCUCCCGUGCUGUUUGACGACGCCCGAUGCCAACACCAGGUGGCCUACCUGGGCCUGCUGGAGAAUGUCAGGGUGCGGAGGGCAGGGUUCGCCUACCGCCAGCCCUACGCACGCUUCCUACAGAGGUAUAAGAUGACGUGUGAGUACACCUGGCCCAAUCACCUGAUGGAGACAGACAGGGAGGCAGUGGAGGCUAUCGUUACGCAGCACGGUUUUCAGGACGACGUGGCGUAUGGACACACCAAGCUGUUUGUGCGAACACCUCGGUCCCUUUUCACGCUGGAGCAGGAGAGAGCUGCGCUCAUCCCCAUCCUGGUGCUGUUCCUACAGAAGGUAUGGCGCGGGGCACUGGCGAGGAUGAGGUGCCAGCGUAUGCGUGCCAUCUAUGCCAUCAUGGGCUGCUACAAGCGCUACAAGGUCAAGGCCCACUUCUGGGAGGUAGAACGACGUUUCACCAACGUACGCAACAUGGCUGACUAUGGGAAGAGCGUGGAGUGGCCCACGCCGCCGGCAGCCCUCGCACAGUUCGACAGCAUCACUCAACAGCUGCAUCGCAGGUGGCGUGCCAGGCAGAUAGUGAAGAACAUCCCUCCGUCUGACAUGGGGGAGGUGAGGGCCAAGGUGGCUGCUCUGGGGGCUCUGAGUGGGGAGAGGAAGGACUGGGGCUGUGGCCGACCCUGGGAGAGGGACUACCUGUCUAACGUGAGGGACUGCCCUCAGACCAGCUCUAACUUCCUACGGAUCUCCAAAGAGCUGAGAAACAAAGACCAGUACAACCAGGUCCUCUUCUCAGGGUUCUGUAGGAAGGUGAAUCGGUUCAAUAAAAGCACAGACCGAGCCUUGUUUAUUACGGAAAAACAUUACAAACUGGACCCCAAAAAACAGUUCAAGGUGUUGAAAAGACUGCCUCUAGAGAGUAUGACAGGCCUGAGCAUCACUGCAGGCGUUGACCAGAUGGUGGCGCUACACACCUCCUCCCAGGAUGAUGUCCUUCUCUACAUCCAGAGAGGAGAGCUGUGCCCCAACCAGGACCGCAUCGGGGAGCUGCUGGGAACGCUCAUUGACCACUUCACGCGAGUGAGGAACACCCCGCUACCAGUGAAGGUUUGCUGCUCGGCCAUCCAGCUGCACAUGCGGGGCAAGCCCAAGAGUGUAACCCUGGAGACCAAGGCCGGCCAGGCCCACGCAGACUUCCGUAAGAACCGCGACGGUUUCACCCUCCUGAUCCCCUCCAACUGAGACAGUCACCACCAGCUACCCCAGGCACAUUCUAAUCUGGACCUCAAAGCCUGCUGAUUUUCAUGUUCUUGGAAAAGGAGCUUCAAUCUUAUUGGUUGAAAAUGUAAAACCAAUGCACUGAUGGUUGGAGUUGGAACUACUCAUUAUGGCAGGGACUCACACUGGCCAUGGGAUGUUUUUGUCAUAUUAUGUAUGGUAUAGAUGCUCACAGGUAUAACAUUUAACUUUAAAAAACAUAUUUUUUAUAWGAUUUCAUGUUUUUGCACUUUUCAGGGAAUUAACAGAUAUAUAGGCAAGAGACUGAAAUGCAAACAAGAAUAGCAAUAUUUGACAUACAUUCUUUCAGACUAACUUAGCUUAGCUACAGUGUUUUUAUACUGUAUAUUCAGCAGAGAAGACAGCUAUUUUACUGCCUUUGAGAAAUGGGAAUACUCCUUUAAAGUGCAACAUCUCAACACGCUGCCUUGUAAGGGCAGACCAUGAGAUUAAUAGCAACAAUGAAAAAGCAAAUAAAUAAUUUAUUAAAAUGUA